ACUACGCAGCGCACUCUCGUUACUCAACGUGUUCAGUUUUCACAGUGUUAUUAUUUUUCAUAAUUUUGUCUAUUACUUUCAAUUUUAUUUUAUUGGUGAAAUAUUUUAUAUUUUGUAAUGGAUUGUUACCAAAGACCAAAAGAGUUCGUCUACAAACGGAUGAAAACGUUGAUAAUUUGAUAACUGGUACUGACAUUUCACCAACAUCAUCAACAGAAAAUGUACCACAAAAUUGUUCACUGUUUCUAUAUUUAUUUGACGAAUUUUACAAACUGUUAUCGACCAAUGGUAAUAAAAUAAUGGCAUCUUGUGUGACCUGUCAUAAAAAGAUAAGUGCGUCAACAAAAUCGAGUGGCAACUUAUUAAUCCAUAUUAAAACUCAACAUCCAGUAUUAAUGCCGAAAGUGAAAAUAGCCAGAAGUAAAAAAAGUUCAAAUGUUAUCCAAACCAAAAAAUUGUUGAUGUUCGUCCAAAAAAAAAUUAAUAAAGACAUGGUGAAGGAUUUAGUAUUUGAAUAUAUUUUGAAUGAAAUGCGUCCAUUAAGAACUUGUGAAAAAAAAAGUUUCAAAAGUUUAAUUGUAGGACUUACUGGAUCAAAUUAUGCUAUAGUUCCAAGCAGAAAACAGUUAUCAAAACAAUUAGAUUUAAAAUAUGAACUAUACGUUUCAAUGCUAACUGAUUUAAUAGCAAAACAUGAUCAUAUUUGUGCAACAGCCGAUAUAAGGAGUGCCAAUAACCGUAGUUACAUGGGUAUGACUUGUCACUUCAUAGAUGAGGAAACAUAUUUUCGGCAAUCAUAUGUCAUUGGUUGUAUAUGUAUUAAAGGAAGCCACAACUAUCAAAAUAUUACUGAGGUUAUAACAGAAAUUGCCAAAACGUACAAAAUUAAUCUAUCAAAAAUAACACAUAUUGUCACAGAUAAUGCUUCUAACUUUGGUAAAGCAUUCAGAGUGUUCUCUUCUCUUCCAGCUCAUGAAGCAAGUACAAGUAAUUUGGGGAAUUUUGAUGAAAAUAGUUCAGAGAGUUCAAAUUUUGAUAGUGGAUCUGACUGCUCAGAUUUGGAUUCGGAAAGAGUUAAUUUGAAUAAUUUGCUAAAUGUCGAAUCAAACCUAGGUAACAAUGGCAGUUUUUUUUUACCUCAGCAUAUGCUAUGUUGUGCACAUACAUUGAAUUUAAUUGCAGCCAAUGAUAUUUCUAAAAUGUCUAAUAAUGAUUACAACAAAAUUUCUAAGUCAACUUUUAAAAAACUUUCAAACUUUUGGAAUUUGGCCAGUAGAAGUACAGCAGCAUCAGACACAAUAUAUGACGUUUGCAAGUGUAAGUUCCCAACCUAACCUAACUUGUGGUAAUUAGGGUGAAUUCAUUGUAUGAUGCAACACAAAAAAUUUCUAAUCAUAAAAUAAAUGUAGGUAUAUUAUUUGAAAAAUUACAUUUGCCUAAAUUAAAAGUUAGUGAGUGGGCAUUCAUCGAAGAAUAUUGUAAUGUUAUGAAACCAUUGGCGUUUUCGUUAGAUAAAUUGCAAGGUGAAAAGAACAGCUUCUUGGGUUAUGUUGCUCCAACUCUUUUAGCUUUAAGAAAGUUGUUAAUACAGUCCAACCAGUUAACAUAUUGAAAACUGUUAAGUCUCCCAAUUGUGACUAGUCUCGAGAAACGAUUUAGUUUUUUAUAAUAUAAUCUAAGUGAACCAAAAAGCAAAAGUUUUUUAAUAGCAUCAAUAAGUCAUCCAAAAUUCAAAAUGGACUGGAUACCUAUUAGGUAUAGAGAUCUAUGUAAAAAAAUGUUUAUCGAUGAAUGCAAUUCAAUGUUAUCUUUAAUUACUUCAAAUUCUGACUGCAGAUGACAAUGAUAGAGUGAUAAAGAGUUUUAUAGUAAUAUAUGUGAUCAAAAUUCAAAUCAUGAUUCUCCAGAUGAAGAAAUAAAUGUUCAAGUGUUAAAAUAUUUAAAUUAAAAAAAAAAGACCUACAGUUAUUAAACAAUUAUCCUGUAGUUAAAAAAAUAUUUUUGAAGUACAACACAACCCUUCCGUCAUCAGCACCUGUCGAACGAUUAUUUAGUGGUGCUGUCCAAGUUUUGACAUCAAGGCAAAAUCGUCUUGGUGAUAUAACAUUUAAUAAAUUAUUGUGUUGCCGAUCUAAACAAUAGAUUUAUUGUUAUUAAUAUUUAUGUAUAAUACAUAUAUACUUGCAAA